AUGGAAAUUCCUACCACAUUACCUCAGAAAAUCGAAGCAGCCAUGGCUCCUUCAUCCACUAACGCAAAUACUAAUCAGAAUGAUCCCAUGCAGCACCCUCUGGAGGCCAUAUCCCAAGGUAUCCAAGGUCUGACGGGCGAAAAACGGGCCCCACGACAAAUGCAUAUGGGUAGUUCAAAUGAAGGUCCCGCCGAUAUUAUCGCCAAAGUGUCUGGCUCGGUACAAGGUGGCAUUCGUGCGGAUGAUGCUCCUUACUUUACCAGUAAUGAAGGCAUUCCAUACCCAGACCCAGCACACAGCAAGACAGUCGGCGGAAUUCCUGUAGCCAGUGAUGUUUUUCUGUUUCAGAAGCAACAAACUUUUAACCGCUCCAAGAAUCUGGAGCGUAUGGUGCACCCCUGCGGAUCUGGUGCUUUUGGAUACUUCGAAGUCACCAAAGAUGUCAAGUCACUUACGAAAGCCAACUUCCUGUCAAGUGUUGGAGAGAAGACUCCAGUCUUUGUUCGUUUCUCAACCGUCACUGUUGGACGCGAGUACCCCGACGAGGCUCGUAAUCCCCGAGGAUUUGCCAUCAAGUUCUACACAAUGGAAGGCAACUACGACAUUGUCGGUCUGAACUUUCCUGUAUUCUUCUGUCGUGACCCGAUUCAAGGCCCCGAUGUCAUUCGCUCGCAAUCUCGCAACCCUAUCAACUUUCUGCCAGACUAUGAUGCGCUCUUCGACUUGCUUGCAAACACUCCUGAGGGGAACCAUGCUGGUCUCAUGUUCUUCUCCAACCAUGGUACGCCUGUUGGCUGGCGUUUCAAUCAUGGUUAUGGCUGCCAUACCUUCAAGUGGGUCAACGCUGAAGGCAAGUACGUCUACAUCAAGUACCACUUCAUUGCCAAGCAUGGGCAGAAACAGUUCACCCAACGCGAGGCAACACAAAUGUGUGGCGAAGACCCUGACUACUCCAAGCGUGAUCUAUGGGAAGCCAUCGAGAAUAAAGAGAAGAUUGAGUGGACCGCCAUGGUUCAAGUCAUGGAGCCUGAUGAAGCAGAUCCCGAAAAGCUUGGCUUUGAUCCCUUCGAUGUCACCAAAGUCUGGCCAAGAAAGCUAUUCCCCAUGCAGGAAUUUGGUACUCUCGUCCUAAACAAGAACCCAGAGAACUUCCACCGUGAUGUCGAGCAAGCUGCUUUCUCUCCUGGUAGUUUGGUUCCCGGUAUCGAGGACUCUCCCGACCCACUGCUACAGUUUCGCAUGUUCUUCUACCGCGAUGCUCAAUACCACCGCAUUGGUGUCAAUCUACACCAGAUCCCUGUCAACUGUCCUUUUAUGUCGAAAUCUUUCUCUCCCUUGCAGUUCGACGGACAGAUGCGUGUAGAUGCCAACCACGCCUUCAACAAGCAAUAUGCACCCAAUAGCUUUGCCCACAAGUUCCGCCCGGAUGUCGCAGAGGCACCGUACCAAGUCAGUGACAACAUCAUGAGCAGGAAGAGCCACUACUGGCAUGAGGCGAAGCGCAAUGAAUACGACCAGCCCAAGGAGCUGUGGACGAGGGUCAUGACACAGGAGCAGAGAGAUCACACCAUUCUCAACACCUUCAACAUGUUGAAGUUUGUCAAGUACCCAGACAUCGUGAAGAAGUAUCUGGCGCAACAGUACAACAUCGGCCCAGACUAUGCCCAGGGCAUCUACGAUCUACUGGCAAAGUCUGAUUCGAAACCCGAAUUCCCCUUCUCAGAAGUCGUGGACUUGUCCAAGAGCGCACACGUGUGGUUCAAAGAGGAGAAGUUCAGACCUUUGAAUGGCGAGAAGCUGAUUGAUAUUAUCUUCAACCGAAAAGCACCUGCAAAUGUAUCGUUCAGUACUCGAGAGGACAUAAUUCGCCGUACUGAGAAGGCGAAAUACAUGCCUAUGAAGAGGACGUCACGAGGCAUCUUGACCACCGAAGUUGAGGUUUGA